AUGGAGCCAGCUGGUUUGAUAGCAAUUAUGGGAGGGACUGGGGUCGGGAAAUCGACGGUAUGGUUCAUCAACACCAUCAUCGGCAGGGACGUUGCAUAUGUUGGACAUAGCUUGGAGUCGGGAACCACGGAGGUUCAAGAAUACGAAUUCUCGAUGCCCAAUGGCAUUCGUGUGACCCUCGUCGACACUCCAGGUUUCGAUGACUAUCAGGAAUAUGGUAGUAGAUCCGACCUAGUGAUUUUGAAAGAAAUUGGCGCCUAUCUCAAAGCGAGAUAUGACGAGCAACGCAAGUUGUCUGGCAUUAUAUAUUUGCAUAACAUCUGUGAUCCGAAAGUUGACGGUUCUUCGCAGCGAACUAUGAUGAUGUUCAAGAAAUUAUGCGGAGCCGACUCUCUGAAUAAUGUCGUUGUCGUCACCACAUUUUGGGACGAAGUAGAUUUGACGGAAGGUGCCGAAUUCGAAACAGUCCUGAAGACCAAGGAUAGAUUUUUUAAAGGACUCGUUGACGGUGGUUGCAGAUUCGCUCGCUCUGGAAGAUAUCCUGCGGGAGAGACCCCCAAAGGUCCAGAGUUCCCCCCUCCAAUCUCUAUCGUCUCCGACCUCCUCGCGCUUAAUCCCGUCUUUGUCGAGAUGCAGAAGGAGCUCGCCGAGGGUAAGACUGUGGAGAAGACUUCUGCUGGCGCGGAGCUGUACAAGGAAAUUCAAGAAUUUAAGCGUCAACAUAAGAAGGUCGUUAUCGAUUUGAGCCUAAGAAUUACAGAGAUGAAAUCCACCAACGCCAGAGACAAAGCAGCGAGGGAGGCGUUGGAAGACGAAAGCAAAGUGUCGAUAGCGCAGCUUGAGAAAGUCAGGACUACAAUGCAGUUAAAACGAGAACAGGAGGCAUUGGCGAAGCAAAAGGAACUCGAACUGGCUAACCUCCGUCGUAUUGAGCUGCAACAUGAAUUUGAGCUUCUGAAAACUCUACAUACCAAGGAAACCCUUGAAUGUCGAUUCCAGAUCCGAUGCCUGUUCGACGCCAGCUUUGAUGAUGCACAGCAAAGAUCACGGCUUGAGAAAACUUGCGAAGGUCUCAGAGCUACCGUGUCUGAGUUAUCUCAAUCCCUACGGGAGACGAAAGAGGAGCUCCAAGCGAAAGUGAAUACACACGACAAGACGCUUUCUGAUCUUACGGAGGCAAAAUCGAAGAUAGCCCACUUGGAGUCGCAACUAAAGAUAUCGCAGGAAGCGCAGGAGAAAAUGGCAUUUGAGAUCAGCGGAUCUCAGUCGGCUCGCGCACAAUCGCCUCAGUCUUCAUCCUUGCGUGGUACAAUUUUGAGCCUCUUUUCAUCACGAUAA